CCUGCAGAGGCGCCACACCAUGGUGGCCCCAGGCCCCCUGGCCGUCACCCUGCUGCUGCCCAGCCUCACCCUGCUGGUGCUGCACCUCUCCAGCUCCCAGGACGUCUCCAGUGAGCCCAGCAGUGAGCAGCAGCUCUGCACCCGGAGGGAGCACCCCAUCGUGGCCUUUGAAGAUCUGAAGCCGUGGCUCUCCAACUUCACCUACCCUGGAGCCCGAGACUUCUCCCAGCUCGCCCUGGAUCCCGCCAGGAACCAGCUCAUCGUGGGAGCCAGGAACUACCUCUUCAGGCUCAGCCUUGCCAACGCCUCCCUCCUGCAGGCCACAGAGUGGGCUUCCAACGAGGACACGCGCCGCUCCUGCCAAAGCAAAGGGAAGACCGAGGAGGAGUGUCAGAACUACAUGCGCGUCCUGACCGUCGCUGGCCGGAAGGUGUUCAUGUGUGGGACCAAUGCCUUUUCCCCGGUGUGCACCAGCAGACAGGUGGGGAACCUCAGCCGGAUCAUCGAGAAGAUCAAUGGCGUGGCCCGCUGCCCUUACGACCCCCGCCACAACUCCACAGCUGUCAUCUCGUCCCAGGGGGAGCUGUACGCGGCCACAGUCAUCGACUUCUCAGGGCGGGACCCUGCCAUCUACCGCAGCCUGGGCAGUGGGCCGCCGCUGCGCACUGCCCAGUAUAACUCCAAGUGGCUCAAUGAGCCAAACUUUGUGGCAGCCUACGACAUCGGGUUGUUUGCGUACUUCUUCCUGCGGGAGAAUGCGGUGGAGCACGACUGUGGGCGGACUGUGUACUCUCGCGUGGCCCGCGUGUGUAAGAACGACGUGGGUGGCCGCUUCCUCUUGGAGGACACGUGGACCACGUUCAUGAAGGCGCGGCUCAACUGCUCGCGGCCGGGCGAGGUCCCUUUCUACUACAACGAGCUGCAGAGUGCCUUCCACCUGCCCGAGCAGGACCUCAUCUACGGGGUCUUCACCACCAAUGUAAACAGCAUCGCCGCCUCUGCUGUCUGCGCCUUCAACCUCAGUGCCAUCUCCCAGGCUUUCAAUGGCCCUUUCCGAUACCAGGAGAACCCACGGGCUGCCUGGCUCCCCAUUGCCAACCCCAUCCCCAACUUCCAGUGCGGCACCCUGCCCGAGGUGGGCCCCAACGAGAACCUGACGGAGCGCAGCCUGCAGGAUGCGCAGCGCCUGUUCCUCAUGAGCGAGGCCGUGCAGCCGGUGACCCCGGAGCCCUGUGUCACGCAGGACAGCGUGCGCUUCUCCCACCUCGUGGUGGACCUAGUGCAGGCCAAAGACACACUCUACCACGUGCUCUACAUCGGCACCGAGUCGGGCACCAUCCUGAAGGCACUGUCCAAGGCGAGCCGGGGCCUCCGCGGCUGCUACCUGGAGGAGCUGCACGUGCUGCCGCCUGGGCGCCGCGAGCCGCUGCGCAGCCUGCGGAUCCUGCACAGCGCCCGCGCGCUCUUCGUGGGGCUCAGCGACGGCGUGCUGAGGGUCCCACUGGAGAGGUGUGCCGCCUACCGAAGCCAGGGGGCAUGCCUGGGGGCCCGGGACCCGUACUGCGGCUGGGACGGGAAGCAGCGAAGCUGCAGCACGCUGGAGGACAGCUCCAACAUGAGCCUUUGGAUUCAGAACAUCACAGCGUGUCCUGUGCGGGACCUGACUCAGGAUGGGGGUUUUGGCCCCUGGUCGCCGUGGCAACCAUGUGAACACUUAGAUGGAGACAACUCAGGCUCUUGCCUGUGUCAGGCCCGAACCUGCAACUCUCCCCGGCCCCGCUGUGGGGGCCGUGACUGCCUGGGGCCGGCCAUCCAUGUUGCCAACUGCUCUAGGAACGGGGCCUGGACCCCGUGGUCGUCGUGGGCCCUGUGCAGCACGUCCUGCGAGAUCGGCUUCCAGGUCCGCCAGCGAAGUUGCAGCAACCCGACGCCCCGCCACGGGGGCCGCAUCUGCGUGGGCAAGAGCCGAGAGGAGCGGUUCUGCAAUGAAAACACACCCUGCCCGGUGCCCAUCUUCUGGGCGUCCUGGGGCUCCUGGAGCAAGUGCAGCAGCAACUGUGGGGGCGGCGUGCAGUCGCGGCGGCGGUCCUGUGAGAACGGCAACUCAUGCCUGGGCUGCGGAGUGGAGUUCAAGACGUGCAACCCCGAGAGCUGCCCUGAAGUGCGGCGCAACACGCCCUGGACGCCCUGGCUGCCCGUGAACGUGACGCAGGGCGGGGCGCGGCAGGAGCAACGCUUCCGCUUCACGUGCCGUGCGCCCCUGCCGGACCCCCACGGCCUGCAGUUUGGCAAGAGGAGGACAGAGACGAGGACCUGCCCUGCGGAUGGUUCGGGAGCCUGCGACACGGAUGCCCUGGUGGGCGACCUCCUGCGCAGCGGGAGCGCCUCUCCACACAUGGUGAGCGGGGGCUGGGCCACCUGGGGCCCCUGGUCGUCCUGCUCCCGGGACUGUGAGCUGGGCUUCCGUGUCCGCAAGAGAACGUGCACAAACCCAGAGCCCCGCAGUGGGGGCCUGCCCUGCGUGGGUGACGCGGCCGACUACCAGGACUGCAACCCCCAGGCUUGCCCAGUGCGGGGAGCCUGGUCCUGCUGGACCUCAUGGUCCCCGUGCUCAGCCUCCUGUGGUGGCGGCCACUAUCAACGCACUCGCUCCUGUACCAGCCCCGUGCCCAUCCCUGGCGAGGACAUCUGCCUGGGGCUGCACACAGAGGAGGCAGUCUGUGCCACACAGGCCUGCCCAGAAGGCUGGUCACCGUGGUCCGAGUGGAGUGCCUGCACUGAGGACAGAGCCCAGAGCCGCAGUCGGCACUGCGAGGAGCUCCUCCCUGGACCCAGCUCCUGUAUCGGAAACAGCAGCCAGAGCCGCCCCUGCCCAUACAGUGAGAUACCUGCGAUCUUACCCGCAUCCAGUGUGGAGGAGGCCAGCGGCUGUGGAGGGUUCAGUCUCAUCCACUUGGUGGCCACAGGCGUCUCCUGCUUCCUGGGCUCCGGGCUCCUGACCUUGGCAGUAUACCUGUCCUGCCAGCACUGCCAGCGUCAGUCCCAGGAGUCCACGCUCGUCCAUCCUGCCACCCCCAACCACCUGCACUACAAGGGCGGGGGCACCCCCAAGAAUGAGAAGUACACACCCAUGGAGUUCAAGACCCUGAACAAGAGUAACCUGAUCCCUGAUGACAGAGCCAAUUUCUACCCCCUGCAGCAGACCAAUGUGUACACGACCACCUACUACCCAAGCCCGCUGAACAAACCCAGCUUCCGGCCCGAGGCCUCACCGGGACAACGGUGCUUCCCCAACAGCUGAUACCGUCACCCUGGGACUUGGAGUUCUUGCCUUCCUGAGGCACAGAGCAGGUGGUCAUGGAACAGUGGAGCCCGUUUGGUCUUCUCCCUCCACAGGAGGCCAAAACUUGCUGCCUUGCCUGGUGGGGGCCAUUCCGGCUUCAGAGAGCUCUGGCUGGCGGUGACCAUGGGAGAGAGGGCUGGCUUCAGGCUAGCACGUGCUGCCGUUCCAGCCCACCCUGUCUCUCAUGGCCUCCCCAGCACCCACCAUCCUGCUGACCCACCCCCCUGCCAUGUCUGGGCUGCGGACCUGCGGCGCAUGUGAGCACUGUGAGAGCAGAGAUGGCAGGCAAGCGGGCUCCUUCAGCCUGGGUUGCAAGGACUUACAUAAGCCACGUCGGCCCCUCGCCGGCUGGCCCUAGGAAGGGCCUGAGCUACAGCCUGAUUGUCUCUGAGAGGAACUUGUUAAAUGGCUCCAGUAGCUCUGGGUUCUGGGCCAUUGUGGUGCUGCCCCAGUGUGACGUAGGGGACUCAGGCUGGCCCAGGCUUUCCACCCCUGCCUAGCAGUCUGCACUUUGCCCAGGGACAUUGCUCCUGUGUGAGGCAGUGAUAACUGAGCUGACUAGUGGAUGAUCUUUGCUGAGAAGCCCUUUCAUCUGGGCCAGCACAGGCUCAGCCUCGCCCUCGUCAGAGCGCAUAAGAGGUGGCCCAGGAGAAGAGGAGGCACCAGACCACAGGAAUCCGGCCCUUGAGUCUCUCUGGAGACUGUCUUCCAGUUGCUGCUCAACAGAGUUGUUAGCCGAGACUUGCUGGGAAGUCUCUGCUGACCCCUCAUUGGUUCAGGAACAUACCGAUACACGUACACACAGGUACAUACACAGGAACAUACCGAUUCAUGUACACACACACACCACACACACACACACACACACCACAGUCUGCUCCAGCAACAAACAAGAUGUUGGGCUGUGGCGUUAUUAAUUAAAGAUGGUAUCCAGUC